ACCACCAAUUCACAUACAAAAAAAAAAAAAAAAAACUAAUGGGAUUCCUUCAUGUGAAUUUUCUCUACUUCGUUUUUCUUUUGGUUUUCACAAAUUCUGUUCAAGUUACAGCUCAAGAAUGGCGCCGCCAACUUCACUAUUGUCAAGGAGGCAAUUACACAAACAACAGCCCAUUUGAGAAAAAUCUCAACAAAAUUCUAGCAUCUCUUUCAUCAAGCAUUAAACCCAAUAAAGCAUUCUAUAACAUGAGUGUAGGUAAGGGAUUAGACAGAGUUUAUGGUAUGUUACUACGUAUAGGAGGCUUUACAGAGCGAGAUUGUAAGAUUUGUGCUAAUUAUGUAACUGAAAGUGCCACACGAAUUUGUCCGAAUGGUAAAGAAUAUGCUGCUUGGAAAGAUGAAUGUAUGUUAAGAUACUCCAACAGAUCUAUCUUCUCUGUCAUGGAAACCGAACCAGAAGUUUCAGAGCAUACCUCCAAUUUUCUAGUAGAUACACAGUUUCCUCGCUUGGUAAAACAACUGAUGACUCGCCUUGUAUCUAAUGCUUCUUCUGAUGUUAGCAAUUCUACUAUAAUAAAUUUUGCAUCCAGAAAUAUUACUUAUACAAAUACAACAAUAUAUGGGACGAUGUCAAUAUAUGGGUUAGUUCAAUGUACUCCAGAUAUAUCAAGAACUGACUGUGAAAGAUGCUUACUGUUAGGUGUAGACAAAGUGUUCAGAUUGUACCCUCCUGGCAGUGAUCAGGGAGGAGAUAUGACAACUACUAGACCAAGUUGUUAUAUGAAGGUUGAGUUUUACCCUCUUUACAAUGUAACAGCAGCAAAUCCACCAUCUCUCUCGCCUCCAGCCCGACCACGAAAAUCAACAGCCCUGUGGGUAUCACUAGCUACGGUUAUACUCAUUUUCGCCAUCAUCUGCUUAUGCAAACUGCUGGUACGGGGAGCAAAGGAGAAACUCCAUUCCAAGACGAGGGAUGGUACUUUAGUGGCAUUUACAUAUAGAGAAUUACAGACUGUUAUGAAGAACUUCUCACAGAAGUUGGGUGGUGGAGGUUUUGGUUCCGUCUUUAAAGGGAUGUUACCUGACUCAACUUACAUAGCUGUAAAGAAACUUGAAGCCCUCAGUCAAGGUGCGAAGCAAUUCCGUUCAGAGGUGAGCACUAUCGGUAUGAUUCAGCAUGUAAACCUCGUCCGAUUACGUGGAUUUUGCUCAGAAGGGGAUAAAAGGUUACUUGUUUAUGAAUUUAUGCCAAAUGGAUCUUUAGAUUCUCAUCUUUUCCAUCACAAGAGUACUGAGGUUUUAAAUUGGAAGACCAGAUAUCAAAUAGCACUAAGAACAGCAAGAGGAUUGGCUUAUCUCCAUGAAAAAUGCAGAGAUAGCAUCAUACAUAGUGAUAUCAAGCCUGAAAACAUCCUUUUGGAUGCUGAAUUUCAUCCGAAAAUAGCAGAUUUUGGUCUAGCCAAGCUUGUCAGUCGAGACUUCAGUAGAGUCCUAACCACCGUGAGAGGAACUAGAGGAUACCUUGCACCAGAAUGGAUUUCAGGAGUAGCCAUCACUCCAAAAGCGGAUGUCUACAGCUAUGGUAUGAUGUUGUUUGAAAUUAUCUCGGGGAAGAGAAACUUUGAGCCUUUAACUAAUGACGAAAAGGUUAGUUAUUUCCCUGCUUGGGCUGCGACCAAAAUGAACGAAGGUGAUGAUAUCAUUAGCCUAGUAGAUAACAGGUUGAAAGUUAAUGCUGAUAUUCUAGAGCUAACUAGGGCUUGUAGAGUUGCUUGCUGGUGCAUUCAAGAUGACGAAGCUCAUAGGCCUUCCAUGGGUCAAGUAGUUCAUAUACUUGAAGGGCUUUCGGAUGUGAAGCGUCCUCCUAUUCCAAGGUCUCUCCACUUUCUUGUGGAAAACCAAGAUAAUGUGUUUUUCUUCUUAGAGUCCUCAAACCGAAGUUCGCAAGCACGAACCAACACCACAUCUUUUGGCUCGGUCCCGGAUCGAAAGGCCCAGAACGCCACAUCGUCCAUGGGAUCAGAAUAUACUUAAGCUGCUGAUUGGUGGUUACUUUGAGACCUCUAUAUUCUAUGAAGGAAACCUUGGGCGAUAUGUGGAUGGCCUAGCUAGUUUUUGAUCAAGUAGUCCGCUAUGUGUUUCUUUAUGUGUUCUUCUUUUUUCAAGAGUUUGGCAGUAUUAAUGUGCUAUCCUUCUUUCUGCAAUCUAUGCAUCAUUCUAUUUCCGACACAAA